AUGAAUCGCACACUUGAGACAGUGUUCCCGAACUUUUCCAGUCACACUACUGGCCACAACUACUACUCGUAUCCAGAGGGCUCCCGCAAGUCGCAAUUCGUGUUCCGCGUCGUGUACGACGGUCAGGCGCCGAUUGAAGACGGACGCGUGAUCCUAUUUUUUGCCCCCAGUCCGCACCCCGAGCCGCGCUUUGGGGCCUUCGAUCUCGAAACCCCACGGCCGCUGUUCGCCAAGGACGUUACAAACGUGCAGCGUGGCGAUGCGAUUGAGUUCAAGAGCACGGACUUCUCGACGCCGGACGCGUUGGGGUUUGUGCCCCAGAACCUGAAUGUGUUUUCGGAUAAACUGUUUGUCCAAGCGGUGCUUCAUCAUGACGUGAAUGACCCAGACGCCAAUUCGCGCGUGGGGAACACGUACAGCAAACCGGUGGAGGUGCGCUUCGACGACGCUGAAGCCGUCAACACCGUCGAGCUAGUGGCAGAUCAGGUCGUUGUCGAGACGAUGGACUUGACGCCAACCGAGUGGAUGGAUCAUGUCUCGAUGAAGAGCAAUCUCCUGAGCAAAUACCACGGCCGAGAUGUCUACAUGAUGGCUUCCAUUGUGUUUCCAAAGAGCUACGAGGCCUUAAAGAAAUCGUGCAAGCUCCCCGCAGUGUACUAUAUUGAAGGGUUUGGUGGCACAGAGUCGUACGCAAAGCGUGCGAAGGCGUUUCUGUCGUCCGAAAUGGGACAGGACUGGAAAGCCGGACGUUGGCCGACACCCAUGCUGCGCAUCACGCUAGGGUCUCGCUUCAAGUUUGGCCACACUUCAUUCGCCGACACUGCGACCAAUGGUCCAUGGGGAACAGCACUGGUGACGGAAUUCAUCCCAUACCUUGAGAGCCUGUACCCUGCCAUUCCUUCUGCGUCUGGUCGUUUCCUGCAUGGCCACUCGUCUGGUGCGUGGGCAACAUUGUGGUUGCAACUGCAGUUUCCCGACUUCUUUGGCGGUACAUGGAGUUCUGCCCCCGAUCCGGUCGACUUUUCGCAUUUGCAAGUCGUGAAUAUUUACGAAGCAUCGAAUAUGUAUUGGGACGUCAGUGGCAAUCCUUACCCGGCUUGCCGCAAGAGCGGAAUUGCUACGUGCAGCAACCGCGAUGAAAAUCUGCUGGAGCGUGUACGCGGCCGUGGCAACGGCGGCCAGUGGGAUGCAUUUGCUGCGCUCUUUGGUCCGCGAGGAGCGGAUGGGAUGCCAACCCCGCUGUUUGACAAGGUCUCGGGUGACAUCAAUCGUGAUGUGGUAAAGGACUGGCAGCAGUUCGACAUUUGCAAGUUCCUCCAGACGAGACCCGAAUUGUUGCAGACGACUCUACGUGGAAAGGUUCACGUGAUCUGCGGAGUAGAGGACACCUACUACCUCGACUUUGCCUGUCGCUCGCUGCAGAAGCUCGUUGGGGACCCCACGAGCAAUGCGGGAGACGGCUCUGCUGUCCCAAACUACGUCGCAAUGGUACCUGGGGACCACACGAGCAUCCGCUCUCGAGCGCACUACAUUCAAGUGCACGCGGAGAUAGCUGCAGUGCAUGCACAGAGCAAGAAAGCGUAA